CAGAAGUCUGGUGCCCAAGGCACAACUGCCCCGACGUGCACUCAAAGGCCUCUGACUACUGAACUCCAUCAAAUUCUGACCCACCACGUCACUGAGCACGGCCCGCUCAGGAGAGAAAAGAGAAAACAAAGCCCCAAACACGCUGAGUGGCAAUGGCCUGUGACAUGUUACAUCUGUUUGAUCAUGAGCAGGCAUGCUCCGGCGACUCAUUGGUCUGCGCCCUGCUUCGCGAACAGUUCCAUGACCUUAUCACGGGGUUACAGCAACAAAGCUUGAGUGGCUGUCCUUUAGAGGAUAUUGGGAACUUCCUCGUCAACAUUCUGCACCUGGCUUCAGGAUUGGCUCGGUCCGUUGUCAAAAGUCAGCACCUCCGCGACUUCACCACGGACCUGGCUCCAUUCCUUGCAAGAGAGCCCGGUCUCCGCAGUACUAAAUAUCUGGAUGGCAAACAUGAGGCUUUAAAAAAGAUCAGUGGUCAGGUUCGCGAGCUGUCAAAAACGGCUGUUGGUAUCUGGAAAAAUUCACCAGGUAUCCCGUCAUCCUUGCACGGUUACCUCCGACCACCCCUACCGACACCCACACCUACAGGCUUGGGGCCCGAAUCGUCCUUGUCGCAGUCCACAUCCCUUCCUUUUCGUGACAACACCUCCACACUUGUAGGGUCGAGCUUCACAGAUUCUUCAAUGGCAACGUCAUACGCUGCUGUGAGCUGGGACAGCCCGAGUGUCGAGUCCAGCACUGUACAACAGGAAAGCAACAUGGGAGGAGAUGAAUACGACGACAACAUAGAAUACGCCGUGGUAACCUCUUUGGAGGAGAUCAAUAGCCGUGGGCGAGGGGUUGGGCCUUACAUAUGCUCACACAGAGAGAACUGUAACAAGGGUGGUGUGGACUCAAAUGGACGAAUGAGAGUCUUCAAAAGAAACUCUGACAUUAAAGCACAUCUGGAGAAACAUGAGAAAAGGUUCAAGUGUGACCUGCCUGGUUGUCCCAAGCCUGAGAAAGGUUUUGCGCGCGCAGACCAACUGGAAAGACAUAAGCAGAAGGUGGCUCACGGAUUGUAUAGGGGUAGAUAGAAAUGGCAAGGGACCGGAGUCAGGUUCUUGGGGUGGCGAAGAUCAUGUGACGGCAAGCACAAUGGCAUAACGUGAGAGAAUAUGAAAGAACGCCAAAACAUGGAGUGGAAAGAAAUUGUAUAAUGUGUUGGGAUUUUAUUUUGCGGUAGUUGCGUAUUCAAAGUCAAAGAUUGGUUGUCGAGUACCCAUAGGUA